CAUCUCCAUUUCAUAUUCUUCUUCUUGUUCUUCUUCAACUUUUUCCCUUUCAGCUUUUUCACUUUCAUGGCGGUUUUACCCAGAAGCUCUUCCGGCUUGGAGCUGACGAUAUCCGUUCCCGGCUUCUCUUCUUCUCCUUCUCUCCCCAACUCCUCCGGUGAUCAAGGGGCCUGUGGAAUGAAAGAUUUGGACAUAAACCAAGUGCCAUCAGGAGGAGGAGGAGGAGAAGAGGAUUGGAACACAACGGCAAGUAUGGAAGACGAAGAAGAAACCAGCAAUGGAGGUCCGCCGAGGAAGAAGCUUCGUCUCUCCAAAGAACAAUCUCGUCUUCUCGAAGAAAGUUUCAAGCAAAACCACACAUUAAACCCCAAACAGAAAGAGGCAUUGGCGAUGCAGUUGAAGCUGCGGCCACGGCAAGUUGAGGUGUGGUUUCAAAACCGGAGGGCCAGAAGCAAGCUGAAGCAGACAGAAAUGGAAUGCGAGUACUUGAAGAGAUGGUUCAGUUCAUUGACUGAGCAGAAUCGGAGGCUGCAGAGGGAAGUGGAGGAGCUCAGGGCGAUGAAAGUGGGGCCGCCGACGGUGAUAUCACCACACAGUUGCGAGCCACUCCCAGCAUCGACUCUGACAAUGUGUCCACGGUGUGAGCGUGUGACUACCACGGCUGUCGACAAAGGCCCGGCCACCAAAGUAAAUGCCGCCUCCUCCAAACCCGCUACCAUGUCCCCAAAAUUGGGGACGGCCGUCCUGCAAUCACGGUAGAAAAAAAAAAAAAACAAGAAAGAAACAAUGUUCACAGAAUGUUAAUAGUAGUUUCAUUAUUAAUUAAUUUAUUAAUUACAAAAUUAAUGUUAAAUUAAUGCAACUGUUCAUGCAUUCAAGAAUAUUAAUAUAUUAAAAAUAGUUACCAUAUAAUAUAUAUCAUAUGAUAGUAAUCCAUGGAAAUGUUCAGAGUUUAGGGUACCUUAUGCAAAGCAACAUUAGCACAUGUAUGUAGAGCUGGCUGUUCAUGUUAAUAGGUUGUGUUUGUAUUGUAUUCUUUCGUGUUACGGGUU